GUUAUGUUGUUCGUUGUUUUAACGUAAAGAACGCGUUGUGUGACUAUAUAUUAGAAUUUUCUAAAACCAUUCAAAUAUCAGUGUAAAACCUCACAUAAAAUGGAUAUCCGACCCAACAACACGAUUUACAUAAACAACCUCAACGAAAAAGUGAAAAAAGACGAAUUAAAGAAAUCAUUAUACGCUAUAUUCUCACAGUUUGGCCAGAUCCUGGACAUCGUAGCGUUAAAAACUCUGAAAAUGCGAGGACAAGCUUUCGUGAUCUUCAAAGAGAUCCAAAGUUCCACCAACGCCUUGAGAUCGAUGCAGGGCUUUCCUUUUUACGACAAGCCAAUGCGCAUACAGUACGCUAAACAGGACUCGGACAUUAUAUCGAAAAUAAAGGGAACGUAUCAAGAGAGACCGAAGAAGAUCAGGCCUCCCCCCGCGAAAGACGAAGAAGCUCCCAAGAAGAAGAAGAAGAACAAGGACCCCAACAGGGUGCCCGGUGGGGCCAACGCCGAGCAGCCGCCCAACCAGAUUCUUUUCCUUACCAACCUACCUGACGAGACGAGUGAAAUGAUGUUGUCUAUGUUGUUUAAUCAAUUUCCAGGCUUUAAGGAAGUUCGACUGGUUCCUAAUCGUCACGAUAUUGCUUUCGUCGAAUUUGAAAACGAGAUGCAGUCUGGAGCAGCCAAAGACGCCUUGCAAGGCUUCAAGAUAACGCCCACUCACGCCAUGAAAAUAUCUUUCGCGAAGAAAUAGGAACUAAGUUUAGUGUAACGCUUUUUCUAAUAUUAAUUAUCUUGUAUUUAAUUUAAUAAAAAAAAUUUAAUUUGUA